CAAAGACGACAAAAUCAAACAAAACACAACAACGAAACACCACUGAGUCGCUUUCCUUGUUGUCCAGUGCACAUGGCCGAACAACACCACCAGCAGGAGUUGGAGCUGGAGGCCGAGCAGCAGCUCCCUCCUUUCCCGUCAUGGUUUCAAGACCUGCUCCAGUCCAUCAAGGAUGGCUCAUGCGACAGCACAGUGAAGGUUGAAGGUCGCCCCAACCAACGACUCAGUGCUGCCAUGAUAGCACGACUGGCUGCAGAAGUCGCACAAAGCAAUUGCACGAUUACAGAACUGAGCCUGCGCGGCACAGAGCUGGAAGUGGAAGGAGUACGUGCCCUUGCACCAGCGCUUCAGCUGUUACAGAACUUGAAGAAGCUCAAUUCAUGGGUUGCAUCUGGCGUUGCUGUUCUCACCUCGUACUUCACUGUAUCCCACAGUUUGAGAAGCAUCGCCUGUGGGCUCGAAGGAGCUCGUGCACUGGCUGACCCUCUGAGCACCCUGACGAACCUGACAUCGCUCGAGCUUUGGGGCAACGGCCUCAAGAGGGACGGCGCUCGCGCGCUUGCCGAGCCGUUGAAGCAACUUGUGAACCUUCAGGAACUUGCCCUGGGAAGCAACCAGCUCGGACCUGAUGGCGUUCGCGACCUCGCAGGAACCCUCACCAGCAUGGAAAAGCUUACUGCUCUGACCCUUUCGAGCAACAACCUCGGCCCCGAAGGUGCACGCGUGCUUGCAGAAGUACUGGAACAGAUGCCGUGGAUCAAGUCACUAAACUUGGCAAGCAACCACAUCGGAUAUGAAGGGGUGUGUGCACUGGCACGAGCGCUUUCGACGUUGACGCAGCUUGAAUCACUCCAUCUGGCGCACAAUGAAAACAUCGGGCCGCAAGGUGUCCAUGUACUCGCCGAAUCCCUUGGUAACUUGUCACGCCUUCACACCCUCGAGAUGUCCUCCAACGGCAUCACCCACCUCUGUCCGGAGUUCCUGGAGACAGCGCAUGUUCGGGCGCUCGACGUCUCGCGCAACCCCAUCAUCUGCCCGCCUCCGUCCAUCGUCAAGGCUGGCCUGCCAGCGACCUACGCCUACCUGCGCGAUGUGCAGGAAAACCACGAGCUUCUCACACGUUCCCGCCUCGUGUUCAUUGGGGAUGGUGGUGUUGGCAAGACCACGCUCAAGACGGCGCUGCUGAUGUUGCACGACAUAGAUCGGUUUGACGUGCUGAAGGAAGUGCGCUCGACGCUCAAGUCCUCGUUUCAGAAAUACACAGAGGCCGACUUCCGCCAGUGGGUGGAUCACGAUCUGGCGCACAGGGACGGGUUCUUUGACGAGGAGUGCCCGAGGGCCAAGGGCAUCACGGGAAAGCUGUGGUUGAAAUCCACCGAUGAGAAACUGCAGCAGUGGUUUGGCAGUGCAAACACGCCUGCCUCUGAGGACGUUGUGCAGCGCAUGCUUCAGGCAAAGCACUUUCUCCUCAGCAAAGGUAGCAAAUUGUCUUCGUCCAAAGACAGCGGUAGCCCUUUCCAGCAGCUCUUGCACAUGCCGCACGUGUGGACGGAAGGCAUUGACGUGGACCACUGGAUCAAGCACGCGUUUGACUUGUGGGAUUUCGCUGGCCAGCUGGAGUUCUUCCCGGCCCACCAGCUCUUCAUGGCCUCGCACAUGGCCGUGUACCUCCUUGUGUUUGAUGCCUCAAAAGGGCUGGAGCAUUCCAUCGCCCGCAUCAGCGUAUGGCUCGGCCUGCUGCAAGCAUGCCGCCUCUCUCGACACAAGCAAGCCGAAGCCGUGCAAGUGCGGCUGGUCGCCACCAAGACAGACUUGCCAUCCUUUGAUUUUGAGCUCCAGCACCUCCACGCUGUUGUGCAAGAGCGGGUUGGAAGCGAGUUUCAUCUUGGUCACUGCUGUUUUGCCCCACGCUACGAUGAACAAGACAUUGGUGAUGCAGGCGCCGAUAACGGCCUUGUUGCCCUGGAUGAAGAACUCGCAACACUGCGAAGGGAAGGUGUGCCCUACGUCCAAGUCCCUACCGCCUAUUUGAGCAUCAAGAACUGUGUGCAGAGCAUGAAAAUGGAGCAGCACCAGGUGUGGCCCAUCAUCAGUGUGUCCGAGAUUGACUUUCGAGACAAAGACCCCGACCUCAUUUUGAGGUUCUUGGAUGAUGCGGGUGUGGUGCGGCGCAUUCCCGAUGACGAGGACCGGUGUGUGCUGGAGCCGGUGACCUGGCUAAGCAAGCUGAUGGCGGCGCUGCUGCACCCGCUGCACGGCUUGAGGCUGACGACUGCGCAGGCGGGCACAGCAAGCACAGCGAUCUUCGUGCCUGGCGUAUCUGUACUGCAAGCCGUAAACGCGCUGGAAAAACGAAGCAUUCGCAUCCCACAGCACGCGCAGGACGAUUUGCUGCCAUUCCUCGCUUCCUUUGACGUGUGCUUUGCACUGGGUGACGGGCGCUUCACGUUUCCCGCCCUCCUUCCUCGCCAAGAUCCUCACCCGACCAUCAGAGCCAGGAUGAACGAGCUGCUUGGCAGUGAGGCGAGCGUCAUCUUUGGACGGCGCCUGCAGUGCACAAAGGCGAACGAGUGGCUGCCGCCCACGUGCUGGUCAGCGAUUGUGAGACGGCUGUUUCCGAUUGUGAACGCCAUUCGAGGCGUGCCCAUCCACCUCAGCUUGGGCAUGUUUGUGGCCCAAAUCAACGACACCAAUUGCCUGGCGGUGUGCACGGAUGACGACGAGCAUCGGCAGGGCCUGGACAUCAUCGUGGUGGGCGACAACCCACUGGUUCUCCACUUGGCUGUGCUUGUUGCGGUUGAUGUUGUGGAGGAGUCGAUAGGCACAACCUCAUUCGAGAAGCGCUGUUUGGUCACAGCUGCCGCAACAGAUCCUCUGGCAGUCACCCAGCCCUUGUUCCAGCGCGGCCUGCGCACGUUUCCCGCACCCACGACGGUGUACUCUGACAUUGUCUUGCCGCCGCCACCCAGUGCGAGUGACUCGGAUCCUGUGUCGGCCGCGUACCAUGAGGCGCUCGUGCAUCGUGUUGACAAAACCCGCAACAGGCGUUAUGCGUUCUCCAUGGCAACAGACCCGCGCUUCGUGACGGAGCAACUGCCAACGACCUCCACACCGCAACCCACGUGGCCGCGUGGUGCGCCACAUGUCCUCGAUGGCAUACGGGUUUCGUCGUUGCAGUUUAUGGGUGGGCUCUUUGGUAAGCACGUGUACGAAGGCAGCAUGUCUGAUGCUGAAGGCACGGCAGGUGGCACGCAUGCGCCCUCUCAUGCGACAGCUUCCAGCACUCAGGUGGCUGUGUGGGCAAUUAUGCAACCAAGCAGCGCACUGCAGCUACCUGCAAGUGGCACGGUACUGCCUGAUGCCCUCCUUCGCUACCAGGGUGUUCAGCACGACAGCAGCCUCAACAUUUCCUUCCUGCCAGCGCGUGUGCCAUGUCACUCGCGCCCGUUGUCGCCGGAUAUCUUGUCCUCCCUUGAUCACGCGGCGCUGCGCUCUCUCAUCCGUGACAUCACUCACGGACUGCACUUCCUGCACUCGCGUCAGCUCACGCACGGCAGCCUGUGCCCACAUCACGUGCUGUGCUGUCCGCAGGAGGUUGGGGCGAGCGUACCCAGCAGCAGCGUGUACCGUGCAAAGCUGGCUGCAUACGGGCUGGGUGUUGGGUGCAUGGAUUGUGGUCAGGAGUGGCUGGCACCAGAGCAGCGUGCUGUUGCCCCACAUCACCGCCAAAGGUCAAAGCCAGCAGACAUGUUUGCGUUUGGCCAGGUGAUUGCAUUCAUCCGCAUGCGUGGCAAUGUCAGCACCACCACCACCACCAGCAGCGGUGACACCACCAGCAGCGGUGACAGUACCACCAGUACCACCACCAGCACCAUGGCUGGCGUUGUCAACGAGGGUGCAGAGGCGGCGUUUCAGGAAGCGGCCAAGGACGCCGUUGUGCGGCUUACAUGCGAGUCACCGGCACAACGCGUGAGCGCGGAUGAUUACCUCCGCACAGCAGAAGGCGGCGGCGUCUUCCUGUUCCAGGACCAUGACCCGAGCGACGUGGUGGCGCGCUGCUUGUUGCCUGCGCUGCAGUUGAGCCAGGUGCGAGUGAAGAAACAGCAGUGCACAAGUGAUGAGUGGCAGCAGCUAAGCGCCGACAAGAGGAACGCCAUCGGCAAGUUCCUCAGCCAGUGGACGGGUGGGUAUUGGUUGGCGCACACUGGUGUCGGUGGAGGACAUGACAAGUUCACUGACAAAUGGAAGGCUGUGCUACGCCAAGGAAUGCCAGCGCUGAUGCAUGCCAUGGAGCACAGUGACGGCGACUGCAGCAGCAGCACCUGUGGCGAUGCGUGUGACUACAGCGAUGACGUGCCAGGGCUGUUUCAAUGCAUGCACGACCUUGUGUACGACACCCCACCAUGGUGCUCUGUGGAAGUGCUGCGUCAAGCUGGCUUGCUGGAUGAGACCACGCAGGCGCUGUGCAAGGAGACACUGUAUCGCAAGCUGCACCACGUGCUCCCGUCUGUGUUUUUGUGUUUGCACAACUUCCGACGAGCGUCAACAAUGCCCUUCAAGGCCGCGCAAGCUCUGAACCUGCACUUUGGGCACGGCAGUGGCAACGCCAGCCAGAAGCACAAGAAGCCCGUCACCAUGGCGGCAACUGUGCAAGACGAGUUGCAGGCGCUGCACCUUGACGAUGAUGCAAUGGAACUUUCGGCGCCAGACAUGGAAGUGUCUGGUUCAACUAUCAAAGCAAAUCAGAAGAACAAGGCUGCGUUGAAGUCGCUGUGA